AUGGAGAGCUGGCUCUGUUUGCUGCUGCUCUGCACAGUAAGUUUAACUCUCGCCUCUGGAGAUGAGACAAAAAAUGAUGAUGAAAUCGACCUUGUCAGCUUUCUGAGAAGUAUCUACUCCGGGCAGCUGGUGAGAGACGAGCCGUUCAUCAUCAACAGAGACUUUGAGAUAAAAUCCCUAAAGGAGUUGGGACGCCCUGCAGACCUCUCCAUCACAGAGCAAACCAAGGAUAAAACAGUCAGCCGGGAGACAAAUGCCGCUCCUGGACCGGUGGUGUUAACUAAAAAUGGACAGAUCAAGGGGGUAACAGUGGAUAAGGCCCAUGUUUUCUAUGGAGUCCCGUAUGCAGACCCUCCUGUUGGGGCAUAUCGCUGGAAGCCUCCCAGACCUGCAAGUCCUUGGCCGGGGAUUUAUGAUGCCUCCUUUCCCAGGGCGGCAUGCGUGCAGGCCUGCAGUGGCCCCAUCACAGAGGAAUGUCCCCGAACAGUGAGUGAGGACUGUCUCUACCUGAACAUCUUCGUCCCUCUUGAUGUGAACUUCAGCUCCCCUCUGAAAAGCACGCUGCCUGUCAUGGUGUGGAUCCAUGGCGGGGAUUUCAUCGUUGGCUCUGCCUCCAAGCCUCUGUACGAUGGACGCUUCAUCAGCAACUUUACAGACACUGUUGUUGUUAGUAUAGAGUACAGACUGGGUGCCUUUGGGUUCCUGGUGUCAGGGAAAGACCCGCACACCUCAGCUGUGGGAAACUAUGGGGUCUUGGACCAGCAGGCGGCUCUUCUAUGGGUGCAGCAGAACAUCGCAGUGUUUGGAGGUGAUCCUGGUAAGGUGACCAUCUUUGGUGAGAGUGCAGGUGCCCAGUCAGUGAGUCUCCAACUGAUGAUCCAGAGCAGCAAGCCUCUCUUUAAACAGGCCGUCCUGCAGAGUCUGCCCUUCUCCAUCCCUCUCAAGACCAGACAUGAUGCCCUGAAGCUGGGGAAAGACUUUGCCAAACAGACCAAUUGUUCUGUGAGCGACAUCGUCUGCCUGCUGAAUCUCUCUCCACAGGCCGUCCUGGCCGCCCAGAUGAAAACAAGUUCAAAGAUUGUGAACCCGUUCAGGUUCCUGGAGGUUUUUGAGACAUGGGGUCCACACAUCGAUGGAGAGUUGAUUAAGGAACAAGCAGUCACAGCCUUCCUGAAGGGGCACUGGCAGAAGGAGAAGCAAGUGCUGCUGGGUACGACCUCAGAGGAAGGUGUGAUCUUUGUGUAUGGAGUAUUUAGUAAGCCUGUGUCUGCAAUAGAGAGCACAGUGUACAUCACAGCCAUCUUCAAACAACACGCUUUGAGGAUCCUGCACAAAUACCUGCCUCUGUAUAAGGACAUCGACCGCAGGAACAUGCUCGCCCAGAUUGUCACAGAUUACGUCUUCCUGUGUCCAGCCCGCAGGUCGUCACGUGCAGGCACAGCAGCAGGCAGCGAGGUUUGGAUGUACGUCUUCGACCAUGUUGCAUCAGACCAUCGUGUCUGGUCAGGUCUGACCUUCUGCUACCAGCACGUUUGCCACGGCGCCGAGCUGCCUUUUCUCUUCAACUCUGCCUCUGUGGCCAACUUCACUCUGUCGCCUCCCGAGAAGCUGCUGUCCAAUCGGAUGCUGUGUUACUGGGGUGCCUUCGCUCACAACGGUGACCCGUCCUCAAGAGUCCAUCAGACGACUUUCUGCCGCGAGCAGCGUCUUCCACCCUGGCCACGUUAUUCUGACACCAGCGGCUGGCUGAUGAUGAACCUGACAGUUCACUCACAUGCACAAGUGGGGACCAGGAACCACUUUUGUGAUUUCUGGGACAAGCUGGGGAUCUAUUAG